UUUUACACUUUCAAAAUUACUCUACCAACUAAUUUCAUUACAAAUAACGUGUGCAGAUGAAAAGGAAACAUUAGAUAUGCAUACCUUUGAACUUAUGGUUUCAAGUAUGGUAUUUGGAAUGAUUUUGAAAUUCAGUAUUCAAAUAUUUUAAAUGCUUAAGCGUGGUUUAUUUUGUAAUAAAGUGGGUUUAAUUAAAAUUCAACAAAUUUUAAUGUAUGUGCAUAAUAUGUUGCAUAAUUUUUCAAAAAUUAUAGAAAAUCAGAUUGAAGUAAAAUUAAAAUAAAGUACGAUUUGUUUACCUACGGACAUAACGUUUUUUCGGAAGUAAUACAUAAAAAAGAGAUAGACGAUCGUAUUGUUUAAAAAUGCAUUAUAGUCUAUUACUCUUUUGAAUUUUUAAUUAAUGGUCCUAUGAAUUGAAAGAUUAUAGUAGGAAAACAAUCUUAAAUUGAGAAUGUUUCUAUCCAUGUGCCAUCUAGCGGAGAAUAAGUAUGUGCGUUAUAUUUUAUUGAUAGAUUAUUAAAAUGUAAUAACUCGAUUAAUUUUUAUUGGUCUUAUUAUAAGAAAUUAAAAAAAAAAAUUGGACGUUUUUCGUAUAAAUAAAAUAAAAGAAAAUGAAAAGAUCUAAUGGUAUUCGUAGCGCCCUAACAUCAACCAAUCAGAAUGUUCCUUGAGGAUUUAAAUUUUGAUGACGUAUAAGCAAUAACCGGUAGAAAGUAAAUGAAACAGUUUGUAUUUGAAAAUCCAAAAUAUGGAUAUUAUAUGGUAUUUAGAAUUAAUUACAAUGUACCAUUUGAUAUAAUAACUUAUUCCGAUGUAAAUAUUCAUUUGUAAUUGUAUUUUAUUUGUGUCGUACUUUGAUUUUUCUUUUUUAUCAAGGCAACAGAGAGAAAAUUGACAUUUCUUUGAUGCUACAGGAGGAAAAUUGACAAGUGCGCGUAUGAUGGUGUUUCUAAAUGAACAAAAGCAGAUUAUUCUAUCAUUUCUUUUUGCUCGGUCUUUUUCCAGAAAUAUUGCUAUUUUAUUACUUUCGUGAGAUCAAUCGGUAGAGUUAUUGCAAAUCACUCGAAAAUAUUCUUUCAAAGUUUUAAAUGAUGGAAGAUCAUCAUUCUGCUAGAUCAAGUUUUGGUGCUGGUGGAUUGCAUGCACGUCCAAAGUUUCAACCAGUUCGUGUGAAAGCUUUAUUGCAUUUUUGUGAAAGCGACGACGAAGAAAAUGAAGAAAAUAUAAUUAAUAUAGAAAAUAAAACAGACUAUGAUGAUGUUGGAGCAUUACAUUUAAAUGAUUCUAUUCAAGAUGUAUGUUGCAACGAUUCGUCAUUGAAACAUAUAUCACAUUCUGAAAGUAUCGAAGGGAAAUCGAAAGAAGAACAUGCCGGUGUUUUAUUGAACUCUUCUUUCAAAGAAUAUUUACAAAGCAAUAAUGAUAAUAAAGCAAAUAGUAGUAUUAGGUCAUCGGUGGAAAUGGAUACUAUUGUAUACAAUAAUGUUAAUAGGACUGAUGAGGACGAACAAGAAAAGAAUCAGAAAGUAAUAUCUUUUAAAAAUACUUGCAUAGAGAAUAUUAAAGACAGUGAUCUUUUGGGUACGGUGCAGCAUGGAAAUUCUUUAUUUCAUGAUGCGACCGAAAAUGAGGGAAAUGCUAAUUUAGGAUUGAAAUUGUAUCAAGAAAAUGUGUUAGCCGUAAAAGAAUAUGAAAAUACUCCAUUAAAUAUCUAUGUUGAACGUAUGGAACAGAAACAAGGAAAUCUGAUUAUGGAAGAAGAUAUACAUAAAGAAAGGCUUGAUCAUAAAAGUGAAAAUAAACCUUAUAAGGAUACAGAAAGCGGUAUUGGACAUGUUUCCUUUAUACCUUCUAAUGACAAAAAUACAUUGCGAGAUAUAAACCGUGCAGUUACAAAUCUAUCAAAGUCAAAAUUUCUUAUGGACGAGAAGUACUUAAACUCAGAAAAUCUUUGUUCAGAGAUACCAUCUAUUUCUGAUACUGGAUCAUCCAUUUAUCCUGUUUUAACAGAUACUCCCUUAAAACACACAAAUCUCCAUUCAGUAGAAUCAAAUUCAUGUAUUUUGCAAAACAAAUUACAAAAUGAGGUUCUAACAGAUGCAGCUCAAACUCCAUCAACAAUUCUUUCGACAUGGUCGCAGAAUAAUGCAAGACAAAUGCCGCUUCACAGUAGAGGUUUAUCCACUGUUGAAUCUACACCGACUUCUGCCAAUUCCAUUUUUAUACAAGGAAUAAGAAAAAUGGAUGAUAUGCCUAGAUAUUUUUAUCAACGAGGAAAACGUAUGAGACAACCCCUAGGAAUUACUAUGAGUUCCGAUCAAUCUGAUUCUGUUAAUAACUUCUGUAUUUUUUCGGCAAAAUCUAAAGUCCGAACAUUACACAAUAAGCAAUUGUCAAGAGUAGAAGAAACUGAAACUGAUAAUAAUAUAUUUGAUACACCAUCCGGAGAGAAUAAAUCAGGGAGAAAUUCUGCAAUUAAAGAAAAUAUAGAGCAAUUAGAGAAUAAAUUUAUGCAGUCGGAUGUUGGUGAUGGCUCUGUCGAACAGUCGGAAUCUGUUAAAAAUCUUAUAUUAAUGGACAUAGGCAAGAAUGAUGAAAGGAUAAAGAAUACGAUAGAAGAAAAUGUAUUUGUUUCCGAUAAGCAUGGUAUAUCCAUCUCUAAAGCGGAAUUAAUGAAUUCGGAAGAACAAAAUAUCAUUUCUAAUGAGAGAGAAGUAGAAGAGAAUAUAAAAGAAGUUGUAGAUAAAAUAUCGAACGUGCAGGUUUCAAUACCGUCGAAUCCCUCCAACUCAAUGGAAAGAUAUAAAAGGAUAAUGAUAAAAAAUAAAGAAUAUUUAAUUUUGGGUACUUUAGGACGUGGUAUGAGCGGAGAAGUUCUACGAGUACAAGAUUUGACAUCGUCCGAAUUACGAGCUAUUAAAUGUGUAAAUUUGAGCCGUAUGGAUAAGGAUUCAGCUCAAGGAUGUUUAGAAGAAAUUUCUAUGCUACAUAAACUGCAGGCCUCAUGUAUAGUCAGGAUGUUUGAUUAUGAGAUCAAAUACCCUUUAGUCUAUGUAGUAAUGGAGAUGGGUGAUACAGAUCUUAGUCGUUUAUUGAAACUGACAUCACAGGAGAAACAACUUCCAUUAACAAUGAUUCUUUACUAUUGGACGGAAAUGUUGACAGCGGUUAAGCAUAUACAUGACAAUGGAGUCAUACAUUCAGAUUUAAAACCAGCUAAUUUUUUAUUAGUACGUGGUCGUCUAAAAUUAAUAGAUUUUGGUAUUGCUUCUAGUAUGAAUGCAGAUAUGACCUCUGUUGUAAAAAAUUGUCCAAUUGGUACUUUAAAUUAUAUUAGUCCAGAAGCUCUAAUGGAUAUUGGUGGAAACGGAGAUUCUCCUAAUCACAAUGUUAAAUAUAAAAUAAGUUACAAAUCGGAUGUGUGGUCACUAGGAUGUAUUUUAUAUGGUCUUGUGUAUGGACAAACUCCAUUUCAUCACAUACGUCCUCAAUGGGCUAAAGUGAAUGCAAUAACGAAUCCGAAUCCAAAGAUAGCUUUUCCAACGUCUAUACUUUUGCUUGAUAAAACAGAGAAAUUCGAACCACCUCUCAUUUUAAUCGAUGUGAUGCGUAAAUGCCUUCAACACAAUCCUAAAGUUAGACCUACAGUGGCAGAACUCUUGCAGAUACAAUAUAUACCUGCCAGACAAGAUGCUAAAGCUAUGUUAUCUAUUCCUCCUGAGAUUCCUCCAAAUAUUUUAGUAAAGAUAAAGCAUGCGUUAACUGAAGAAGAAUGGAGAAAACUGAUACAGGUGUUGGAAAAGAAAUCCUAAUAAAAAAAUAAUAGCAUUGAUGUUGUUUGCCAAUCAUCAUAAUUCAUGUACAUAGAAUAUAAUUGUUAUAUAUGUAUAUAUAUAUAUAUGUAUAUGUAUAUGUGUAUAUAUAUAUAUAUAUAUAUAUAUAUAUAUAUAUAUAGAGAGAGAGAGAGAGAGAGAGAGAGAGAGAGAUACAUAACAAAAUGAUAAAUAAUUCGUCUAGCGCCAUAAGACGAAUGUCUUAAACGAUAAAAUGAUCAUUUAAAUGUAAUAUAAUGAGAGAAGCAUCAAAAUGCCUGUGUAAUACAUACGUAAAUAUUUGGCAUUGAUAUAAAAUAAUUACAAUAAUAAAUGAUAAAUUAACCUGCAUCUAUGGCAUAUUCAUUAAAGAAAUAAUUAUAUAUUGCAAGAGUAAGGAGAAUACUAUUAAAAUAAAUAUCUUUUUAUUAUUUCACACUCGUGUGUACAAAUGACUUGCUAUGACGAAAGUGAUUAUUCCAAUCAUCGCGAUAGUCCGUAGAUAAUUAAUAAUAAUUGUUAGAUCAAUAUGUAUAGCUUAAGAUUGUGAUUGCAUAUGACACGUUGUAAAUCAAUUGGUUUAAAAACGAUUUUAACAAAGAUUAUAUUUAACAGAUAUAAAGUUAAAUAUUACCAACACACAUACACGCCACUUUUUCUUUUCCACAGAUACGAGGUAAAAAACGAAAACGAAUGUCUUAAUUUAUUAUGAUUCUUUUUUAAUACUUAUCCUUUGCAACAUACCGCAUCACACUCUUACGAUUUCGCACGGCGAUCUUGGCGAUCUCGCACGUAUGUAUUGCAUUAUUGACGACGUACUCCGCUGAUAGUCUUGAUAAUGCAUGAUCAAUGUAUGGAUGUAAGUUGCCAGUAUUGUAACAGACGGUCACCUUUCGGUAAUGCCAUAGAAUCUGGGCGUUCGAACGUUAACAUAAUAUCUUUCACUUUGUUUCUUAAUUCCCGAUCAAACAUGUGCCCUCCCGUACGUUGAAGUGCAGAUGCCAUAUCAUAUUCGACAGAGGGAAGCGGCUCGCGAAUAAAACGUGCUGCUGUAGCAAUACUUGGUAAGAUAUGCCAUUGAAGAGCUUUGAUUUCCCAAAGGCUACUAAGGAGCGCGUUACUGAGCAACGGAUCUCGUUCUUCCAUGAGAAAUGGAUCACCGUUUCCUGUACCUUCCUCGGAUAUUAAUUCCCCACCUUGAGGAUGAUCUAUAAGUCUCUUCAAACCUGGAUGUCUUAAGAGGAGAUUACCCACAAACAAUAAAAUGAUAAGAAUAUCUUCGGGUGGCGCAACCAACGUUAAACGUGCAAGACGCUUCGCAAAUGCUGCCACUAAUGCUUCCGGUAAGUGUCUGAAAAAGAAAAAAAAAAUUGUAUAAGGAUCUUUUUUAAAACGAUACAUUUGUUUUUCUUUGAACGCAUUUUUUACAAUAAAUUUUUUUUUCAUACUUAUACAUUACUUACGUCGAACUGAGGAAAAGAUCAGACAAAUAAAAUAAUCGUGCCUUAUAUUUUGUAUGAAAAAUUUCUGGCUCAAACAUCGAGUAAAGUUUAGUAAAAAUGUUUGGAUAUUCCAAAUUGUGCUUUGUAACCAGUAAAAAUACACCCUGUAAGGCAAGUAAUCCGAUACAUCCAUCUGCAUCCAAAGAAUCCAUAAGGAAAUCUGUUAAUAAUAUAGGCUUUUCAAGAUGCGGCAUAACUCUUUCCAAAAGCACUAUUAACAAUUGUUUAUGCAGUUGAGGCGUUAAUUCCCAAUGCAUCACGCACGCCCAUACUUUAUUAAGCGAACGUCUUACACUGGCUUGAUCCCACGUGAAGCUAUUAAUUACUGGUAAACAUAAACGAAUAUAUUAGAUUUCAUUUUCUGAAAAAAGGAGAAAACUAGUUUCAGGAGAAAAUAAUAUAUACGUAUAUACAUACAUAUAUGAUUUAUAUUUUUUGUCAUUCAAAAUAUUCUUACCAUCUGUGUCUUUAGGCAGUGGCAGUUUAUCUAUAAGCUCAAGUAAAUUCUUAAUGUAAAUUUCACGUGGUUGUCUCUUUGGAGUAAGAGACGGUAGACAUUUCCAUGUAUAAUAAAGUGCGUCCGAAUAUCCAGCUAUCUCUUGAAAUCUAUUUAUUAGAUUAAUAUUGUCUUUUUCCGGGGAAAGUAAAGACAUAAGAAUAGGUUUCAGACGGUGCAGUGGUAAAUAAUACCCCAAGUUCCCAGUUGGUUCAAGCGGUGUUUUACCUUCUUGAGCUAAUAAUUUUAAUGCUGUAGUAAGGGCCUGCAAUUGAAUGGUUGGACGAGAUUUCUCCAUAGAUAAAAGAAUUUUCUCCCAGACCUCUUCAUAACAAUUGCGCAACCAAUUGAUGUAACGUCUUUCCGGACUAGGUUCUAACAAAAAAUUAAAAUCUUAUAAAUAAAGACAUAGAAAAAAAA